AUGAGCGCGGAAAAGGAAGAGCAGGACGCGGGCACGCGCGAGCUGCAAUAUGUGCAAUAUGAUGGCUCUCAAGAAGCGACAUAUCUCCCCGCCAUCCGCCAGCUCAUUUCCAAAGACCUCUCGGAACCGUACAGCAUCUAUGUGUAUCGGUACUUCCUGUACCAAUGGGGUGAUCUGUGCUAUAUGGCCCUCGACCCCUCCACCAACGCCCUCAUCGGCGUCGUAGUCUGCAAGCUCGAGCCCCACCGCUCUGGCACCUUCCGCGGCUACAUCGCCAUGCUAGCGGUGCAGGAAGCACACCGCGGCCGGGGCAUUGCCACGAAACUGGUCUGCAUGGCCAUUGAUGCCAUGGCAGCUCGUGACGCCGACGAGAUCGUGCUCGAGACCGAGGUCUCGAAUACGGCGAGCUUGAAGUUGUACGAGCGCUUGGGGUUUCUGAGGAGCAAGAGGCUGCAUCGGUAUUAUUUGAAUGGGAACGCGGCGUUUCGGCUGGUCUUGUAUUUGAAGAAGGGGACCGCUGGGAAGAGGCCGGAGGACGCGGGAGGGGGCUCGGGGAUGAGGAUGGAGGAGUAUAGGGGGUAUGGAGCGCCGCCGGGACAGGAGAGCGUCAUGAUGGGCCCCGUGAGCUGA